AUGACAGAGACCCUGCAAAACCUGAUGCUAUAAAAAGGUGCAGCACCAUCCAAAAAUCCACUGAAGAGAUCCACCUGCAGGCCACAAGAUGAAGCUGAGCUUUGCCGUCAUUUUCGUUCUGGCUGGUGAGUUUUCUUUGCCAGGCUCAGGAUUAAAAUGCAAUCCUCCGCCUUGUCUGGGAGCUAAAGAAUCAGGACUCCUUGAGAAGAGAAUUGUGGGAAGUAGUAGCUGUGGCAAGGAGAGGCAAUAUCACGUCCAGAUAACCAGUAUGCAGGGAGGGAAGAGCUGCGGAGGCGCCUUGAUCAACACCGGCUGGGUCCUUACUGCUGCUCACUGUGCUCAACAGAAAGUGAAACUGCAGCUUGCCUUAAACAGUGAUGAAGGUUUUUUUUCAAAAGCGAAGGGUUUCUUCUCAGGAAAAUCUGACGCGAAGGAGCAAGUCAUUGAAACCAGUCAACAGUUUGCCUACCAAGGCGAGGACCAGAAGCCCCACGACAUCAUGCUCAUUAAACUGAAUCAGGAUAUGUCCCCUAAAGUUCCCCAAAUCAGACUUCCUCCUGUUGGGUGUACCAAAGUAGAGACAGGCAAAGAGGUACGGAUCGGAGGCUUUGGAGCCAAAAAGGCCGGUGGGAUAGCACCAAAGGACUUGAAAUGUGCCAGCACAGACAUCACUAAAUGUGAAGAGAAUGAUAAACCUGAUCCUAAAUAUGGCAACGAUGAAGCUAAUCUAAUGUGUGGCUUUAAGCCCAGAGUGGAGACGUGCAGUGGUGAUGGAGGCACAGCUGUGGAAUUCAACAAUCUAUUAUAUGGGAUUGUAAUAAGCAACCCCAUUGACACAUGUGCCAAGACUGUUUUAAUGGCGGAUAUCUGUUUCUACAGGCAGUGGAUUGACGACACCAUGCGGAAACAUUCAUGAGUAAACGCUACCACUUAGAGAAACUACAAAUGUUCUCUCUCCUAAAUCAUCCUUUAGGUGAUUGGUUUAGGUUUGUGCUCGUUAACUGAGCAAAUUAAUGCUCUAAAUUAUAAUGCAAUUAAUAAAAACAUGUGAUCG